UCAAAACCCUAACUAACGUAUCUUGUUCUUUAUCAUCUUUCAAUUAGAAUAACAAAAAGAAGAUCAAAAUCUAUUAGUGCUUAAUUAGUUCAAUGGAUGAUAAUUAUCUUUGGGAGAUCUUCACUAAUAAACAAAAUAUUAGUGAAGAUCAUGGAGAUCAUCACCACCAGCUACUUCAGAUUCCUAAUUUCCAAUUAAAUGGAUUUUUCCAACAAACUCAAAUCCAUAAUCAAGAUUUGAUAAGUGAUCCUCAUGUUUCUUCGCCAAUUAUUACGCCUCAGUUCCAAACAAGUUGUGAUCAGCUAUGUAAAUUUUUACCAGUCAAGAGAAGUACUUCAAUUAUUACACCUCAGUUCCAAACAAGUUGUGAUCGGCUAUAUAAAUCUUCAGUCAGCACAAGUACUUCAAUUAUUGCGCCUAACCAUCAGUUUCCAACAAGUUGUGAUCAGCUAUAUAAAUCUUCAGUCAGCACAAGUACUUCAAUUAUUGCGCCUGAUCAGUUUCAAACAAGUUGUGAUAGGCUAUAUAAAUCUUCUGUCAAUAGUAGAAGUAGUAAUCUUGAUGAUGAUAAUAAGAAGGGGCUAAGAAGUGAUGAAUCAAAUGAGCUCAAGAAAGUUGUGCAUAGAAAUGUUGAAAGGCAAAGAAGGCAAGAAAUGGCAAAUCUUGUUGCUUCUCUAAGAUCUCUAAUUCCAUUUGAGUUCAUCAAGGGUGAACGGUCAAUAUCAGAUCACAUGCAAGUAGCUGUGAAUUAUAUAAAGCAAUGUCAGAAGAAUAUAGAAGAGUUGGAUAAUAGAAGAAAAAGGAUCAAAAAUAUUUCAUUGGAUGAUCAAAAUAAAAGUUCAACAAAUUAUGUGCACAAUCAUAAUAGUAAUAAUUGUGUCACAGUGAACAAAUGUGAAGAUGGCAUGGAGAUUUUGAUUAAUGUCAAUAAUGGCCAUAAAGAGGAAAUAUUUUCAUUGUCCAAAGUGCUGAGAUGGCUACUUGAAGAAGGGCUAAAUGUGGUUAGUUGUGUUAAUUCCAAACAUGAUGAAUGGACUUUGAUCAGGAUCCAAUGUCGGGUAAGUGAUAUAUCAUCAGGUCUUACUGCAGCUGGGCUGCAAAAGAAACUGACUGAUGUGAUUAAUUAUCACAAAGAAGGAGAUGGAUUCAGAGUUUAAAUUUGGUGCGUUUGAUUUUCAAAAUUCUUAGCACUGAACUAGCUACAUUUCUAAAGUCGUGGUUUCAAAAUCUAACAUAUGUUAAAAUUUCGUUGUUUUUUCACAUGUAUAUAUAUCUUGUGUCAAAAAUAUUGAGUUUGGUUGAGUACUCACUAUUAUCUAUCAAAGAAUAACAAGGUUUAGUCAGUGGCAUAUCCCAAUACAAGUUUGUGGGUUUGACGUUAGAGAACCAACUCGAGCUUCUAGCCUUCUAUGUUAGUUUGUGCGAAAAAUAAGUAUUUUAGAUAUAUAUGUAUUUCAAAAUUUGCUCUUUAAACUCAUAAAUUAAUAUCUAGCGUCUAAAUUCUGGCUCUGCCACUGUUAUAUUUAGUUUGUGUCCGGACUACCUUUAGCAAUGGCGGAGCCACAUAGAACAUAUAGAUCAAAAAUUUGUUGUCUUUGUAUAUAUAUUAAAUCUUUGAACAUUUUUUACGAAAUUUAUGAUUCCGCCACUGGCCCUUAGUGUUAUACAUGUUAGUAUCUGAAUAUAUUGCUGCAUACAGUUUUUAUUAUUAUAAGGACUUAAUCUCAGUGUUGAGAGCAUUCGAGCAUGUAGCUAAAAGUAAGACACCUCUUCGCUGGCUAAUGUCCUUGCUUACUUGUAAAGUUACAUAUAUAUUCCAACUUUGUCUUAAUUAUUUGAUUGCUUAAGAUAUGGCUUCUUUUUUUCUUUUUGGUCAAAGCAUAAGACAUGGCUAUGAAUUCAUAAUGAGAAGAAGAAAUAUUUUCUUAUGCUAUUAUAAGGUUCUUGUUACUACUAGAAAUAGAAGUUUUCCCACCAACAUUCAGUGGGAAAUUUGUCCUAUAGAACAUGAUUUUCCCACCUCAUUCCUACUGAAUUCCAGCUCACUGGGAAAUGCAUGGUGGGAAACAGGUUCACAUUGAAAUGCUGCGAAACUUCCUAAU